AUGGCUGCACGUGAGCAGAGCCCCCCCAUCAACAUCAAGAUGGAACCUGGAGUGGCCGCGCCGCCCUCCGACGACGGCGAACUGGGCGCCCGCCGCCAACUCCAAGCGGCCAACAUCGAUGCGGGCGCCCGCAUCAACCGAAAGCGUUCCCUCGAGGACGCAGACGCCGCGGCCGAGCACCCAACGAAGCGGUCGCGGGAGGGGACCCCCGAGGCCGGGGGUUCCCCUCCCAUCGAGGUUGAGCCGACAGGCAACGGCUACACGGUGAGAACCAGGAUCCCGGAUGGAACGGCCUGCGGCCCGAUCGCGGCCAAGCUCACCCUCCCCAUGGAGAUCGACAUCACCUUCUCCUGCGGUGGAUUCAAGACCACCGAGCACCGGUCUUUCCCUUUCGUGGUCACAGCCAACAUCCCCGUCGUUGAUAUCAAGUCCGGCGGGGAUGUUGGAUUCGGCCUUCCGGCCAAUGCGACGGCCGGCCCCAUGAACCAGGAGGCGGAUGCAAAUGUCACCGCCGACCGUUCUCCCGGGGCUUCUUAUGCUUCCCCCCAGCGGGUUGUGUACGACGAGCGGGCUCCCGACUACUUCCACAGCCCUCGCGCUUCUCCCCCGCGGGUUGUGUACAAGGAGCGGACUCCCGAUUAUGCGCCUAGCACUUUCCCUGGCCUCGCACCUGCUGUUGAUACUUACCACCCCCGCGUGUGUCUCAACUCCGUGCCACCUGCCCCGACCUAUGCGCACAAUGCGUGCAGCAUGCUGGAUUUCGAUCGUCCCUCUGGCCUUUACACUUGCCCCGGACCUGUCUUUGAUGCCUACCACCCCGGCUUUCAUCCAUCCUUCGGACCACACGACGCGAUCUAUGAGCGCAAUCUGAACACCAUGCGGGAUCUUGACUAUCCUCCUGGAAAUAACCUUCCACCCCUGCAUACCGUCUUAGAGCCGACUCUUGGUUACAAUCCCGGUCUUAGACUCCCUCCACUGCGUCCUGGCUUCACCCCGCGGACUCCUGAUUCCUAUCCUGCUCCUGUUUUCCCUCCACUGGGUCCUGGCUUCACCCCGCGGACUCCUGAUUCUCAUUCUGCUCCUGUUUCCCCACCACUGCAUCCUGGCUUCACCGCGCGGACUCCCGGUUAUCAUCCCGGUCUUGAACUCCCUCCACUGCGGGCCAGCUUCAUCGCGCAGACUCCUGAUUCCUAUCCUGCUCCUAUUCUCCCUCCACUGGAUCCUGGCUCCACCAGGAGCCCAUGCCCAGCAUGGAGCACACCCCCAUCCCGGAAUCCCAGGACGAUGACGAAGAACCCGCCGAAACUCCCGAGGAGAAGAGCACCGAGGAGCCCAAGAGCCCUCAGGAGAAGAGCACCGAGGAGCCUAAGAGCACCGAGGAGCAAAACAGCACUGACCAACGCUUUUGGACAAGCCUCCGCUGGCUCGCCUUUUGCCUUGAACAACGCUAACCCAGCUGCCUCACCCUUUGCCUUGAGCAGCGCUAACCCAGCUGCCUCACCCUUUGGUUUCAAAACCGCAACCCCAGCUGCUGCAUUCUCCGCCAGCACCGACCCAACUGCGCCCGUCCCAUCAUCCUUCUCUAACUCCGCUUUCAACUCGGCUGCUACCGGCUCAGCCUUUUCCCUUAAGGGCACUUCAGGUUUCGGCUUUGGAGGCCUCCCGUCCGGAUCAUCCUUUGCCACCCCUCUCGCUGGAACUUCUGGCAAGGUCACCAGCUUUGCCUCUCCUAACCUCCCCUCCUCACUCAGUGAUCCCAAGGACAAGGAUACUGCAUUCGGUGCCCCCAAGACUGACAAGGCCGAACCCACCAAAGAAACCGACGCCGAGCCCAAGGGCGACACCAAUGAUACCUUUGUGGCCGAAAAAACCGACGAGCGUUUCCACGCCAAGACUGGUACGUGCUCUUUUAUCGGGACCCCCCGGAUCACCCGCUCUGGCCCUGCCAACCUGGACACUCCCUUACUCACCCCCAAAGUUGAAACCGGCGAGGAAAACGAAACCACCAAGUUCUCUGCCAAGGGCAAGCUUUUCUACUUCGACGAAGGCCGCUGGAAAGAACGCGGUGUCGGUACUUUCAAGGUCAACACCACGACUGACUCUGACGGAAAGCUCUCUGCUCGCAUGAUUAUGCGCGCUGAUGGCGCUCUGCGCGUUACCCUGAACAGCGCCAUGUUCCAUGACAUGAACUUCGGCGGCCAGGACAAAACACGACCCACCACCCGUGAUAUCUUCCUGGCAAGCAAUGAAGAUGGCAAAGUCGGACAUCUCCUGCUUCGCCUCGCAAACAAGGAACAAGCUUUGGAUUUGUAUGAUGUGAUUGAGGAGGUUUUGCAGGAUCUUGCGAAGCCUGUGAAGAAUUAA